AUGAGGUAUACGGAUUACAAAAAUGUCCUGAAUAGCUCGAGCUACAAAAUUGGUGCGAUUAGGGCUCACCGUAUACAAACUGCAUUAAAUGGUGGGUUUGAGCACAAUCGAUGUUCUGAGAUCGACUUUAAGAAUUUCAAGAGAGAUGCAGUUGCGUGUGUUGGGAAAAAGGAUGCAAAAAUGUUGAUCAAUAAACUAUCCAAUAGGCGAGAUAUUGUUCCCGGUUAUUUUUUCGAGUACAAGUGCAAUGAUCAAGAGUUGGGUGCCAUUUUCUGCGCAGAUGAGGUCGCUAGAGUUAACUACAAAGAAUUUGGGGAUGUAAUUUCGUUUGACGGGACAUUUCGCACCAACAAGCAUGCGAUGAUUUUUGUUCCCUUUUUGGCGGUUGACAAUCACAAAGCUUCGGUUGUUGUCGGAUCGGCGUURAUAAGUGGUGAGACAAUUGAAAACUUUACAUGGGUUCUAAGAGCUUUCCUAAAAUGCCAUGAGAAGCAACCAGUUUUUGUGAUUACGGAKCAGUGUUCGGCGAUGAAGCAAGCCGUCCCGUUGGUGUUUACGGAAGCUAAGCACCGACUAUGUAUGUGGCACAUCAUGAAGAAAGUGCCUUCUAAGAUCAGUGUCGCCUUAAAUCAAGAUCCUCUGUUCAAUAAGGUUAUAAACAAGCUCGUGUGGAACAUUAAUAUUGGCCCAUCGGAAUUCGAGACCAAGUGGCAAGAGAUGAUCGAGCAAUACAAUUUAGGUCGUGAUCCGUGGUUCACAGAAAUAUAUGAAAUACGCGCAUCAUGGAUUCCGGCGUUUUAUAAGGACACACCGAUGUUUGGUCUUAUGAAAACGACAUCAAGAUCCGAGAAGAAACAAAGGUACAAGCAAGCUGUGCAUGAAACAAUAACAAGGACAACAUAUUCAAAGUUGUUUACUCCAUUGAGCUUAGAAAGUCAAGCAUCAAGGGUAUAUAGUCGAAAUGUGUUCUUUGACAUCCAAAAGGAAAUAAAGAAGGCUGUAUGGUUUUGUAGUAUAGAGACUGGCGAAUGUCGGGGUGAUCUCAAAAUGUUCAUUAUAAGACACACGAAAAAGAAAUCGUCUGUCAACACCACGUAUCUGGUCUCCCGAAACUACACAGCCAACACGGUCGAAUGCGAGUGCAAUCUAUUCACGCAUAACGGUUAUCUGUGUCGUCAUGCAUUUAAGGUUCUAAUAAACGAUGAAGUUGAAAGUAUUCCGAACCAAUAUGUUUUACGUCGAUGGAAACAAAAUUUGGUCCCUGUCCAGAUACAAUCCGCUAAGAUUCGAUACAGUGAGGUGGAUGCGGAGAAGGAUAAGUCAAUAAUUGAUGUAUACUCCAAAGUCGACGACAUUAUAAGCAUCGCCCGGAAUGAUAAAUCGAUACUGACUAGAUUGGAGCAGAAUCUCGACAAUUUCAUGGUUGAUAUCGAGAAAGAAGUACCGUAUGAAGACUCAUCCCAACAAAAGUUGGACGCGAACAGAGAUCACCUUGGUGUUUCCAUACCCGAUGAUGUGGACAUCCUACCACCAUCUGGAAUAAGGAACAAGGGUUGUGGUACUGGUAAGAUGUUGGUAAGCGUGUCUGAAAAAAUACAGUCUGUAAGCAAGAAAGCCCGUCGAAAAUGUGCGACAUGUGGCCAACGUACCGACCAUGACUCACGCAAUUGCCCCGAAUUGAUAGAGUAA